AUGUCGAAGAAAAUUACGGAUUUUACAAUUCAAAAGCUUUCACAAAUUUUAGACAUAAAUGAACCGGAAGUUCGGGAUUUUCUGAUCGAUGGAAAUAUAAUUGUGGAACAAGAGAAAGAAGUACUAAGCCAAUUAGAAGUCCAACCUCAUCAAGACAACAGGAUCAUUCACCACCAUAUGCGUUAUAUGAAUUAUACAAAGGAAUUCACUUCCGGCCAAUAUUGGCAAGUUAAUGAUGUACUUGUGAAUGAAGUAAGGUUCUACGGUGAUCCAGGAAGAGUGUGUAGACCAUUAUUUGUUGUCGAAGAUCAUCAUUUAGUAUUGACUUCAGAUACUUUAUCAAAAUUAAAACUGGAAGAAUCUACAAUGAUAUGUAUCUUUCUGGAUGAAUUAUAUGAGUCGAGAUUGUAUAAUUUACGUAAACUUGACCAAGAAGGAAAGACGAUCCAUGAACGUUUAACAAAUUCCAACUUAUCCAAAUAA